AUGUUCACCACGACCGCAACGGGAAUCACCAACAAAGUAACCAACGAAACCUUCCACAUAACCCAGCGCCCACUCACCGAAGACCCAAUGGCGACAGCAGCCCGACUCGUGCAAGACGACCUAGCCAUAAUGAUCGAGCGCCCAGACGGCGAAUACUACCUCCUCGCAAGGGCGGUGCUGCUAGCUGGGUUCUGGCGACUGAGCGACAAAUUCGGGUUGCGGCUGUCCGAAAUCCACACAUCAGGCGACGUACCGCAAUUCAAGAGCAAGCUGGAGAAAGGGAUGAUGAAUUUCUUCCGACGAUUGCGGCCCGAGGAGCCAUUUAUUCGGAACAACUAUUUCAUCCAGGUGGAUGAUAAUCUGGCGUGGUCGCAUAGUAUUGGGUCUGAGGACGCGGAGACAGUAUCGUGGAAUACAGUGGAAAAGAACCAGGCUAUUGAGAAUCAUUUCUUUCGCUCGGAGAGGCAGUCGCUAAGAAGAUUGCCUAGAUCUGGAGCGGUGGUUUUUACUAUUCGGACUUAUUUUGAGCCUAUAACUGCGAUUGUUGAAGAGCCUUAUGUUCCGGGGCGUUUGGCGGAUGCAGUUAGGAGUUGGGGGGAUGAUGUUGGUCGGUAUAAAGGGAAGAAGAUGUACCAGGAUGUUCUGUUGGAGAUUUUGGAUGAGAAGCAUAAAGUGCAGAUUGAAGGGGGCUUAGAGAUUGAAAAGGAGGAUGAGGUUAGGAAGUACCCUUUUUGA